CCCCCCGGCCUGUGGCGCGCGCCCUCGGCGAGGAGGAGCAGGAGGAGGCAGAGAGGCAGGCUCACCGGCCCCCCGGGCGAGCGGGCGAGCAGGAAACGCAAGCGGGGCAAGGACUUUGGGAGAGGAGGUCAAGAGAGCGUCGAGUUGUGGCUGCGGGCGUUGCCAUGGUGAUCGGAAGACCGGAUGUGGCGACCUUAGGUUGCGACGGGCCCCUCGCGCGCCGCGGGAGGCCCCAGGUCCGUCAGGGGUGUGCGUCACCGUGGCGCGGCGGCGGGGGUGCUCUCCCACGUGGGGAGGAGGAGGAGAGGACGACCUGGGCGAGCAAGCCAGCAGAGCCUCCCCGUGAGCCGCGGGGCGAGCGGGGCCCCCAGGCCACACUUUGGAGGAGGAUACCAGCCGGAGGUGGCGGGACGAAAGCUUGGGUUUCCCAGCCCACCGCCCCACCCGGAAGCGGAAACAGAGGUAGUGUGCCCCUUCCUCACUGCCCUCCAAGUCCUGCCGCGGCCAUUGCGGCAGCCACGAUGCCGAAACGAAAGAAGCAGAAUCAGCAGCAGCCCCCGCCGCCGCCUCCACAGCCCGCACGGUGGGACCGGGACGAGCCGGGAGACGACGACGACGACGAGGAGGAGGAGGGGGAGGAGGAGAGUCCUAUUGGACCACCCAGCCUUCUGGGGCCUCCCCCCAUGGCUAAUGGAAAGCCUGGUGAUCCCAAGUCAGCUCUUCACAGGGGUCCUCCAGGGUCAAGGGGACCAAUGAUUCCACCACUGCUGAGCCUCCCACCUCCUCUCCGGGGCAGAGGCCCUAUUCGAGGAGGCCUUGGUCCUAGAUGUAGCCCAUAUGGUCAUGGUUGGUGGGGUGUCAAUCCCGAACCUCCUUUUCCCCGACCAGGCUAUGGGGGCCCCUUUAGGGAAAGCUUUCACACAGAGCCAAGAAAUCCACAAAGGUUCAAAAGCUGGUCUCUUACCAAGACCAUCUACCCACCCAAGGAUGGCCCCCACAUGAUAGAAGACAAGUCUGACCGCCCUGUUUGCCGACACUUUUCCAAAAAGGGCCACUGUCGAUAUGAAGACCUUUGUGCCUUCUACCAUCCGGGCGUCAAUGGACCUCCUCUGUGAGACUGUGCCUCCCUCCCACCCAGUGGCCAGGCAUCCCCUGUGGCUCCCUCAUAGCUACUUGAAGUUCUUCUUCACCUCCAGUCAGUGACAUGUGCACCCCAUUCAUCAUUUCCCCCGUUUGGGGUCCAGAGUUGUGAUUGUCACUGGAGUGCGGUGCGUGCCGUCUUCUGAUCCAGGCUCCAGAGACCAUCGGGACCCCGUCUUGCUCCCUUCCACUGCCUCCUGGAUCUUCCCCUCUGGCAAAUGACUGCUGAACAGGAAACCUUUGGUGCUGUUUGUUGUGCAUCUGCCCCCAGGAGACACCACCCCACCCACCCCCUGUUGCAGUCCUCUGUCCUUUGCUGCUUGUUUGAAGUCCUUUGGCGUGAAGCCCCCACCGGUGUUUGAGCUGCCCAUGAAAUGCACCGGGUUGUCUGGCCGUGGGGUCAGGUUUGAGUGACUGGUACAGGCUUGCUCCCCCACCAGCCUCCCUGCCCACCUCCCUUGCUUUUGGACGUCCUAGUUUCUUGUCAGUAGCAUGAACCCCACCGCUAAGGCCUGUGGUCAGUGUUUUUUGUGAAACUGUGCUCCCCUCGUAGCCUUCCUCAGUGUCUGACAUCUUCGUGACUUCCCAGCACUAGAUAAGUUUCUCUGCCAAAUGGAGCGAGGCUCUUGGUGCCCUGUAGACUUUGCCUACCUCCCAGCAUGGGAGACUGAGACUUCCUCCCCGACCGUCUGUUGUGCCCUCUCUCCUGGUGUCAGUUGUCAGUCGUUCUGGGUCUGGUGAAGCCUCAGGCGGGCAUCACCACCCAGCUCCUGCCUGGCUCGUUUCAGUUAGGCCCUGUCAUUGUGAGGCCACCAGCCCUUCAUUUGAAUCCUGUGACUCCACCUGGCCUUGUCCUGUCUUUGGUGGAACCUGGACGGUAGUAGUGUCACCUCUCACCCUCUCCCCUCACAUCCCUGGUAUUGGGUGUUUUCUGUGAAAACAGCAGUGAGAUGUUGGGUGUUGAGCUGGCCCUAAGGAAGGCCAGGAGGUGUGGGCAAGAGAGUGAGAGUUGGUUUGUUUUUUUUUUUUCCUUUUUAAUUUUUUUUAUAUUAGUAAUAAAUACAGUGGAAACUGGUGUUUGCCCCUCGA